GACAACAUGGACAAAUCUUCAGAAGCUCUGACUUGGAGAUGCUUCUUGCUUCUUGAGAAGAUGCAGCUGUUCCUGCCCCUGUUGGCCUUCUUUCUGCUCCCCAGAGCAGAGUCAGGAGAGAUCAUCGGGGGACAUGAAGCCAAACCCCACUCCCGCCCCUACAUGGCUUACCUUAAGAUCAAUUCUAGAAACAUUUGUGGUGGCUUCCUGAUUCAAGAGGACUUUGUGCUGACAGCUGCUCACUGUUUAGGGAGCCAAAUAGAAGUCACCUUGGGGGCUCACAACAUCAAGGAACAAGAGAACACCCAGCAGGUCUUCCAUGUACAAAACACGUUUUCCCACCCAGACUAUAAUCAGAAUAAACGCAUCAACGACAUCAUGCUGCUGAAGCUGGAGAAAAAGGCCAAGCUGACUAAAGCUGUGCAGCUCCUCAAGCUGCCCAAGAGGAUGACCCAGGUGAAGCCAGGUACCCGGUGCCAGGUGGCUGGAUGGGGACAAUUGUCCCCAGAGGGAAGAUUUCCAAGCACACUGCAGGAAGUGGAGAUGGUAGCACAAAAGGACGACAAGUGUGAGGAUCUCUUUCCAAAGCAUUAUGAUCGGGCUACUGAGAUUUGUGUGGGAGACCCAAAGAUUAAAAACGCUUCUUUUCAGCGCUGUACCCCCCGUGUCCCGACAAGGCGUGCGUGUUUACCUUGCCCGGAGUUCAGAGUGCUCUAGACACUCACGACAAGUGGCGCCCGAAUUCAGGGACUCCGAAGGUCGCUUAGGAAGAAAAUGGAAUUCAGCAGUGGGUCCCUGGACGAUGGAUCAGGACCCGCGUCUCCAGAUCCUGUUCACCAGCCCCGGAGACAACUCCCCAAGGAACCGGAACCGUGCCUUCAGAAGCGAGCGCGAAACCAGCUAGAAGCUGAGGAUGCUGAGUUUGUUCCUAUCGCAGCCAUGGCCAGAUUACAGCUAAGAAAAUCCCGCCGCUCACAGCGACCAAAUUUAAAUCCCCUCCCUACAUGGGGACAAUUAAAGAAAUUGACCAUAGAAGGGCAACGGCUUGUCCUUCAAGCAGGAAAGCCUUUAAACCCUGAAAACUUGUUUUUAGCUUUAUGUGCCUUGCUCACCGUUGCAUCGGGGACUGAGGUACCUCCGCAUUCGUACUGGGCAUAUAUUCCAAACCCCCCUUUAUUAGAACCUGUAAAAUGGGGAACUAGUGAUAUUUUACUUUAUACCACACCUAGAGAAAUUUUGUCAGCACCGUGGGCUGAUUUAACCCCCCACAAUCAAGAUGAUGGGACACUAUUCAAUUUUACUUAUUAUGGUAAUCAAAGGCCUAUUUGCAUUGGGGAACCGCCUUGCAUCCCUCUGGGAUGGCAGUAUUGGAUUCAACAUGGAAUAAAAGCAGGCAACAAAAGGACAAGGCUUCAAGCCUUGGCUGCUCAAACCUUUAAUGUUACCUGGAGAAAUUUAACAGCACCUGAUACAAAUACAUUUCCUGUAUGCCCUGAAUUUACUUAUAAAAAUAUUUCUUAUAAUCCCAUAAUUUGGCAACUAUGUAUGGGAAAAUUUGCUAAAAAUAUUGAUGGGUAUAUUAUUUGGGGACCAUUUGGAAAAUUCGUUAAUGGAUGUGCUGAAUGGAAUGAGACAAGAUGUAAUCUCUCUGUUGUGUAUAGUCUUCCAGAUCCAAAGAAAAUAACUGACGGAGCUCCUAUAUUUCAACAAAAGACGGCUCUCUUGUGGUGGGGAGAUGGUGGAAUCGCUAACCCUGCUGUUGCAGCCGAAGAAUACCCUCAUCACCUUCAAAAUCAUAUUUGGAAGAUCCCAGCCGCUAUGCAACCUGUAACCUUGUACAAUGUUUCAUAUUCAGGGACUAGUCGAUCUGUAUCUACUACUUAUAAUUUUACUAGGUUUAAAAUGUAUAAUAUUACUGUUUGUGCACCUCUGCCUUAUGUCUUUUUAGUGGGAACUUUUAAUUUUACACAUUUUUCUUGUACUUGUUUAAAUUGUCAAUUGUUUACAUGCUUAAAUAACACACUAAAUUUCACUAAGCCUUAUACAGUUAUGCUGUUACAACAAAAAACUCAUAUUUGGUUGCCUGUAAAUUUAACUCGACCUUGGUCUCAAGACCCGGUAAUUUCUGUUACUACUGAAUUUUUUAAACAUCUGUUAAAACGUACAAAAAGAUUUAUUGGAAUAGUGGUUGCUGUACUGUUAAGUCUGAUAACUGUAGCCUCUCUAGCAGCAGUCUCAGGAGUAGCUUUACAAACCUCUUUGCAAGAAAAACAUGUUGUCGAAUUAUGGCA